GGUAGAUAGCAGCAUGACGCUUCGUACCGUACAGCCUGCCGGAAAAGUACACAAAGAAGAAGUGCGUCGGUGCGAAGUCGUUGUCGCUGUUGCAUUCUGGUUUUUGUGGUCCGUCUCUGAUCUCCCUCGUCGUCAGUGCACAACUGAACCAUUGAUCUUCAGUGAUGGCUUCGGGAAGCACAGUGCUGCAGACACCUGAGAGUGGAAACGAAGGAAACAAGAGGACAUCGUGUCCGUUACACGGCUGUAAGCGGGUCUACUCUGACACCAGCGCCCUGGAGAGCCACAUAAAGGACCAUGAGAUCCCGGCUCAGUCUCUCCCCGGGAAGACGUUGCUGUGCUCCACGACCGGCUGCAGUGGCUCCUUCCCCAACAUGCAGAAACUGAUGGAACACAUGAGGCAUCAUCACAAACCCAACAUAUACUUCUUGUGUGAGAGUUGUCGCACAAAGUUGCGGUCCUACCGUGGCCUCCUGACUCACCUGCACACCUGCUCCAAAGUGCCACGGGGCAAAACAAAGACGACUGAACCGAUGCCCCCACAGCCUGCUGCUGUGACCAACCAGAACACGACCUCCAUGCCCAUGGACCAGACCCCCCCGCAGCUGGACUCAGUGUCGAAACCCCAGCAACUGCCCUCUCAAAUCCCAAACAAAGAUGGUUCCUUCCCUGCUGCUGUUCCUCAGCCAGACUCAGCUGUCCCCCCUCUCCUCGCCCCCCCCUUCCUUUCUCACCAAGAGACCUCCCCUACCCUUCUCACUGAAGGAGUUCCUCAGCCUCUGCUCAGAAACGGAACCUCUAAUCUGCCUCCGUCUCUAAACCUGGAUGUCCCAUCAGCAGCUCCUGACCCCUCUGAUGCCCAGGGUCAGACCCAGACACAGACCAGGUCUCCUGAGCCUGUCCAGCCUGCUCCGGUAUCAGCUCCUCAGUCUCCUCCUGGGUCCUCAGCAGUCUGGAAGAAGAAUCAAGGUAUGACCUGCAACAGACGCAUCCUUUGGGAGCACACUAAAGGGCGCUACACAUGUGUGCAGUGUGGACACACAGUAACCAACCGCAAGGAAAUGACUCAACACAUCAACAGUCAACACAGCGGUAACAAACCUGCAGAAGACACAGGAAGAAACACAUAGAGUGGAGGCAGGUUUAACCAGACACUGACUGAUGGUUUACUAUAACACAUCACUCUGAGUGAAGAGCCUGAAGCACUGAGUUACACACUGUUAGUGUUCUUAACAUGUAAUAUGACUUUGUCUUUUUCCAAUUAACACUUAGUUUCUGCAUAUUGCUGCUAGACACUUUUCAUGGUACCACUUUACAAUCAGACUACCCUUAUAAAGGAUUAAAAUGGUAGUAAGUCAUUAGUAAGAUUAAUGAGUAGUAAGCAUUAAGUUGAUCUUGCCAAAUAGUGAGUCUGCAUCAAUGUAUGAAAACGUUAUAACCUGUCUAUAAUUGUUUAUUUAUGAUUUAUAAUUUGUUAACAUCUGAAUUAAUACACUGAUUAUAAACCAUUUAGUCUUUUAUAAGGGUAGUCUUGAUUGUGCUCACACAUUAUUCUUCUUCUGCUGUUCUUUUAAUGCCCUGUUGUACAGUAAUUGUCAUUCAGUCUAGUUUGGGGCCUACUGUAAAUUGAUUUGUCGGUUGGUUUUUGUUCCACAGUGAUUGCACACAAAGUACUUAAUGCUGUUUCUCAGUCGACUGGACUAGAGAGAUAAACACUGAGUCGUGACGUGUGGUCACAUUUAGUGUCUGGACUACCAUCCCAGAUCAUGAAACGUCAUGAUGUUAUUACUGUUUACGUCACUAAUAACCCCAGCUACACCAGCUGUCCGUCUGCUUCUGUUAUACAGGCUGGACUCGGGUUGUAAUUACUGAAUGUAGAUCCCACAUGUGUUUGAACAGUUACAGAGGGAAAAUGUAGUUUACAGCUUUUGUACCAUAUGAAUUAAAGGAUAAGGCUGA